CAACACCGUCAGACUUUGAUGUUCAGCGCCACCUUUCCUGAAGAGAUUCAAAGGUUGGCUGCAGACUUCAUGAAAACCGAUUAUUUGUUCCUUGCUGUUGGUCAAGUGGGAGGUGUCGGUGGUGAUGUCCAGCAAUCCAUACUGCAAGUUGACCAGUAUUCCAAAAGGAAUAAAUUGGUUGAAAUCCCCACUAACAUAGGUAUUGAAAGAACUAUGGUUUUUGUUGAUACCAAACGAAAGGCUGACUUUCUUGCUAUUUUCCUUUGUCAAGAAAAGUUCCCAACGACGAGUAUUCAUGGAGAUCGAGAGCAAAGAGAAAGAGAGAUAGCACUCGGUGAUUUCCGUACAGGGAAGUGUCCUGUUUUAGUGGUUACAGCAAUAACAGCUCAAGGACUGGACAUUGAGCACAUACAGCAUGUUAUUAAUUUUGAUUUGCCUUCAACUAGAUAUGUCCAUUGCAUUGGACAUACAGGCUGUUGUGAGAAUGUUGGCAAAGCAAUAUCGUUCUUUGAUUCAAAUAUAGAUUUACCAAUAGCACGUGCUCUCCUAAGAGUUCUCUCUGAUGCACAACAAGAGUUUCCUAUAUGGCUAGAAGAAUUUGCUUAUGCUGCUCAUGGGACCAGUUACCAUAAUCCACUUGGAAAGGUGUUUGCUUCCAUAUCUACUCUUAAGGGUCUAGGUGUUAACAGAAACUUCAGUGGCUAUGAAACAAAUAUACCAGCGAGUGGAGGAAACAGUGAAGAUACAUGGGAUUAA